AUGGCACUUUCCGAGAAAGAUUGUUCCGCCAUACCUCCUCCAAUAUCGUUGUCGUUUUUCACGACGGCCGUCUCCGCAAUCCUGAUAUUUUUUACAGUGCCGCCGAACUUUCUGAUCUGCUGGGCGGUUUGUAGGGAAAGACGAAAACUGCUACGAAAUGCGUUCAACUGCUUGGUCGUCAAUUUGGCAUUUGCUGACCUCGUUGUCGGACUUAUCGUGCUGACGAUUUCGGCGUAUGUUCACCUGCUCGAGGCAUUAACAACUCAUCCCGUUUUAUUCGUUCUUCCUGUGGUUCACGUGGCGUAUUUCAUCUGCUGUACGGCGUCAACUCUCAGCCUCACAGCAAUGGCUGUCGAUCGUUACAUCGCCGUUGUGUAUCCAGUCGCUUACAGGAACAAAAUAACCCCGAGACGAGCUGCGUUUGUUUCGACCUGUAUUUGGCUUGUCUCCAUUUUGUUACCUGUGUCGGUGUAUUUUGAGAUUGGUUUCAUCAAAUACGCUUUUGUUUUCGCCAACACGACCAUUGCUGCUACCGUUAUAAUCUUGUUCUUUUCUUACAUCGCACUUUACCGCAAACUUCGCGCACAGUUUCAGAGGUCGUCGCAACUUCAAUCUGGAAUGAAUUCUGAAACUGCCAUUAAAAAGGCUCUUGAACAUGAAAGGCGCAUAGCGAAGACAUUUGCUCUUGUGCUCGUUGCUUUCUUCAUCUCUUACACCCCUUCGUGUGUGUUUAUCUACAUUUUAAACUUCUGCCAGAGUUGUAGCUGCGUUACCAUUCACUGGUUUCGCGACCUUCAGUACAUUUCUAUCUGGGUUAACUCAACCCUCAAUCCUUUCCUUUAUUCUUGGCGAAUUCCAAGCCUGAAAGAAGCUAUUUUAGCUGGAAUUCCCUUUAAAAGGAGAAGGACAGAAAAUCAAGUGACUGACGGGCAGGAACUGACUAGGGUUAACGAGCGAAAAAAGUAGUCAGU